AUGGCGCUCGUGGUUGCCGCCGCCAAGGGCCGGCCGGACUGGGAGUCGUGGACGUACACGCGCCCGGCCCUGCUCCCACCCCCCGGUGUUGCGACGUCGUGUCCGGCGGCGGCGGCGGAGGGGAAGAGAGGAGGAGAGCCAUCGUCUGUCGCGGUGAUGGCCGACCACGAUGGUGAUGACAGCGCCGGCGGCGGCGGUAGCAGCGAUGAUGAAAAUUAUGGCGCCGGUGGUACAGGGAUGCGGUCUGCCGCGCGCCGAACCAGCGACAGCUGGAUAGCGCCCCAGCUGCGACUAAGGUCUAGAGGCGGCAAUAGCCCCGACGCGGCAGCGCCCGCGGCAGCGGCGGCGGCGAGCUCGACGUCCCUCGUUGGGCUCCGAGGCAGGCGGCAGUCGCUUCCGGCUGGCUUGACGGGGAGGGGAGACAGAAGAGGAGCACGGGAAGAGGAAGGGUUGGAGCCGCCGGCGAGCGGCGGCGAUGGCGGUAGCGGCGUGUUCGGUCCGCCUUUCGUUCCGAUGCACCGGGAGGAGCUGCGGCUGCUGCUGAGGUGGAGGCUGCCGGAGUACCUGGGGUACGUGGAGGGGUGGCUCGGGGGGGAAGGGAAGUUCGGGGACUGGCUCGGGAACGCCCACGUGCUGCCGGUCGCGCUCGAAAGCCUCGCGGAGGAGAUCGAAGCAAGAAGAAGAGCCGACACGUGCGCAGAAGGCGUCAGAGGACCAGCGGCGGCGGCGGCGGCGGCAGCGGCGGCAACAGCGAGGCACUCACGCAGCAGCGGCGCCAAGGGCGGCAACGGCGGCGCCAAGGGCGGCAACGGCGGCGACGGGGGCGAUGAAGUCGUUCUCAUGGGCUGCGUGCGAGCGGCCCAGGUGGCCGCCAGCUGUAGUAGCCUUGAAGGCCACCAUCCGGCCGCAGGUGCCUGUGCCGAUGACAGGGACAAGGACGAUGACGACGGGAGCGAUGGCGGAGGUGGCAAGGGCGAGGGCGGCGGCACGAGAACGAAAAAGACCAAGAUACGGAUGCCGAUGAACCGGGAGCGGAUUAAGAGUCGCGUUAGCGUGCGGAGCGCCAGGACGUACGACCCCAGCAGGCUGGGCCCGACCGUGGUGUACGACCCCUCCGACCGGAUAAGCCGGUUUCACCCCCGGUACGAGCUUCUUAUCGAGGCGGGGUCGUUCUACCUGCAGGUGCGACCGGACCUCCGUCACGAUGAGGUGCGGCCAGACCUCCUCCACGAUAAGGUCGAAGAGCUCGAUGCCAUCCUCAUCGAGCAGGCCAAGAGGUCUCUCCGUCGCCAGGAGGCCCCCACCGGCUUCAAGGUCUGGGAGGGCCUGGAGAAGGACGAUCGGCGACGGCGCCGGGCGCGAGCCCGGAAGGAGUUGGAGGCGAGGGAGAGGCACGCGCAGCGCUGGAUGGGAAACGUCAGCCGCAAGCGGCGGAGGCAGCUCGUCAGGGAGAAGGUGAAACGGGAACGGGAGGAGGAGGCGCAGCGGGAGCUGCUGCUGCGAAGGGAGGAAGAGGAGGAGGAGGAGGAGGAAGAAGAGGAGGACGAUGACGAAGAAGAGGAAGGCGCGACCGUAUCGAGGAGCGAGGGAUGAGGAACGCGAUUAGCCGCAAGGGGGUGUUCGGCAGGGAGAGCGACUAUUCUAUCGACCGACGAGUCAUGCCGGUUCGGCUAGACAGGCCUAGGCGGAGCGGACGUUUGACGAGCACAAUGAGAGUGGAAGAGAAGAAAAUUCGCUUUGCUCUACGGCGCGGCACAGAAGCUUUGUGGAAAAAGAAGGCCACGCCG